UAAAUCGGUCCGAAUAGUUAGUUCAUUUGCGAAAAUGGCUGCUCUGGGUCUGGUCUGCCUUGCUGUGGUCUUGGCUGUAGGCCUAGUCCAAUCCUUGGACACCUACAAUGUUAAGGAUGUGCCCGUUUUGGUCAAGACUUUGAAGAACUUGAACCGCGGUCCGCCGCAGCAGGUGAUGACCAAAAGGGUUAAUGUCGAGGAGAAAUGGAUCACCCAGAAACUGGAUAACUUUGACGAUAGCAACACAGGCACUUAUCAGAUGCGUUAUUUGGUCAAUGAUGAGUUCCAAACUGAGGGAAGUCCCAUUUUCAUUUACCUGGGUGGCGAGUGGGAGAUCGAGCAGAGUAUGGUCAGUGCUGGCCACUGGUACGAUAUGGCCGCUGAGCACAAUGGUGUUCUCGUGUACACCGAACAUCGUUACUACGGCCAAAGUGUUCCCACCACAACCAUGUCCACGGAGAACCUCAAGUAUCUGGAUGUAAAGCAGGCUUUGGCCGAUGUGGCCCAUUUCAUUGAGACCUUCAAGUCGGAGAACGCCCAGCUGGCCAACUCAAAGGUGGUGCUGGCUGGUGGUUCCUACUCGGCCACCAUGGUGGUGUGGUUCAAGCGCCUCUAUCCCGACUUGGUUGUCGGUGGCUGGGCCUCCAGUGCCCCCAUCUUGGCCAAGGUUGACUUCACCGAGUACAAGGAGGUGGUGGGCCAGGCCUUCCUCCAGCUGGGCGGACAGCAGUGCUACAACAGGAUUGAGAACGGCAUCGCCGAGCUGGAGUCCUUGUUCGCCAACAAGCGUGGAGCCGAAGCUAGGGCCAUGUUGCGCCUGUGCAACAGCUUUGAUGACCAAAACGAUCUGGACUUGUGGUCCCUGUUCGGAAGUAUCUCGAACGUCUUUUCUGGCGUGGCACAAUACCAAAGCACCGGAGAUAUUGAGUAUUACUGCGACUACCUUUUGAGCUUCCGAGAUGAUGCCACGGCCAUUGCCAACUUUGUUUACUGGGCCUGGGGAAUGCCAAAUUGCAUCGAUGCCAGCUACGACAGCACUGUUGAAUACUAUCUGUGGGGAGUGGAACACUUCGAUUCUGGUCGUCCUUGGUAUUACCAGACCUGCAAUGAGUAUGGCUGGUACCAAAGCUCUGGAUCUAGGAACCAGCCCUUCGGCACCAAGUUCCCUGCCACCCUUUACACGACCCUCUGCGGAGAUGUCUUCAGUUCGCAAUACGGAAAUGAACAGAUCAACAACAACGCGGCCCAGACCAACGAGUACUUUGGUGGCAUGGAGCCCGGAGUGGAGAAUGUCUACAUGACCCACGGUGCCCUGGAUCCGUGGAACCCCAUGGGCCAUGGAGUGGCAGAGGGAGCCACCGUCAUCGCCAAUGCCUCGCAUUGCUCCGACUUUGGAUCGGUCAGGUCUACAGACUCUGAGGAAAUGCGUGCCUCCAAGGAAAAACUCGCCGAACUGGUGCGCCAGUGGUUGGCUUAGAUUUCUUGGCCGAAGAUUUUCAAUAUUUUAUAUUAUUUUUUGUAAUAAAAGAAAAACAGAACUUAA